AACAAAGUUAACUUUUGUGCUGUGGGGUUUUAAUUACUUUGUAUUGUGAGUAUAAGAUUCAUUGGCAUUGGCUUAUGCAUCACAAAAUGAUAUUCAAUGCGGAUUAUCAACAAUGAAAAUUUAGCUAUUCUGUAUGAUAGUCAGGGAACUGCAGAAAAAUAUAUCGUCUUAAACUAAUAAAAUUUGUCUAACCUUUUCAGUCAAUAAACUGACUUUAAGAAUAAUUUGCAACAUCUGACGAAAGAGCACCGUGAUGAAACUACGAAAAAUCUGAGUAAAAAGUAAAACGAUCGAAAUUAGUAAUAUGCAAAUCAUAUUAUCUAGCUGUUAAAUCAUAAAACAACAAAUAAAAUAGUGCACUUUUUAUGUGCAACACAUAGCUUCCACAUUAUAUUCUUGUGAAUAUUCCCGGAUAAAGGUAAGCUAUGCUUUAAUUGUUUUGCAGAACAUGAACUUGAUCAGUGGGCUUUAUUUUACAGAAAAAAGGCGGAUUGGAUAUGUGAACAUAUAUAAAAUCUAGACGUAAACAUUGAAAGACAAUACAAUAAGGAGACAGUUACGGCUUUAUCAUGGCAAUCAGAGUUAACAGAGGACUGAUGUUCGUUUUUUGUUUUCUGAAUAACUUCAUGGUAUUUGGUGUUGUCAGCGGAGCUCUCAUCAGUAAACUAGGGCUCCCGUGGGUUACGCUUCUAUCUUGUAUACUCGUUCCACUUGGUUUUGGUGUCUCUUUCUUUGCUACCAGAAUAGAGCAUCUUUACAUAAGCAUCGGCAUUGUAUCAGGGGUUGGAAUUUCAAUGGGACAUAUCAGUGCUGUUGUGAUAGUUGGUAGAAUUUUUACAGGCAAGAAGAGAGUUUUGCUUUUAGCUGUGCUGAAUGCUUCCUCCUCGUUAUCUGGAUUGGUCUACCCGUAUUUUAUAAAUUGGUUGAUGACAUUGUUUGAGCUUAGUGGGACGUUUUUAAUCCUUGGAGCUGUUUACAGUAACACGUUUCCAUUGUUCAUAUUAUGUUGGAUGAAUCGGAGCACACUUAAAGAUUUUGAAUUGUCUUCGAGGAAUUCUAAAAUUAAGACAAACACAAAAAAUGAGGCACCAUCCCCAACAAUAAGACACAAAGGAAAUUUUAUCAUAAACGGUGUUCAAACAUUGAGAGAAAUGGUGAACACAACCUACCUUUUAUUACUUUUUGCAUGCGCUAUUUCAGCAGCUGGCAUAAAUGGAUAUACGGGGAUGAUUCUUGAUAUUUGUAGAUGGAAAGGUUUCAGUAAAUCUCGGGGACUUUUUACAUUUGUCAUUUUUAACAUCGCUAACGUUGUAUCAAGACUUUUACCGGGUGUGCUUAAACAAAAGCGUGGAUUCAAUUCCUUUAUUUACCCGAUAAUUUCCACUAUAUCUGGUUGUGUCGGGCAGUUAUUACUGUAUAAAGGACAGAGCUAUAUAUUGUACGUGUUAGGAACCUGUCUGUCUGGCGUUGCAAUUGGCGGAGUGGUUUCGGCACAAUUUAUUCUUGUGUUAAAAGCAGUACCUCGAGAAUUUAUUCCAGUAGGAUCAGGACUACUUUUUACAAUGUCAGGUGUAUUAUCCUCUACAACAGGCCCGAUAUUUGGUAGCCUGAGAGACAAUUUUGGUACUUAUGGUAGCGUUCUUCUUACAGUCAGUGUCGUAGAGGCGAUUGCAGCGAUUUUCUUUGUCCUUGCUCUAGUCUACAGACGAAUUGAUAAUGCUAAAAAGCAAUCAGAGGACACAACAGAAAACUCUAUAGAAAUCAUAGUCACUCAUUUAUAGUAACGCAUUUUCAUUUAUUCAUUAAUAUUUUGGUUGAAUCGGACCACACUUAAUGAUGCUGCAUUGUCUUAGGAAAACCUUAGGACAAACAAAGCAAACGAGGCACCCACUACCACAAUAAGAUGCAAACAAGACACUGGGCUCUCCUUGUCAUUCAGAAGCAAGUUGGUCAUUCAAUCUUCGUAUGACAAGUUACAUUGCAUCUCAUGUACAGACUCAGUCAUUCCAAUGUAGUUAUGCUUAUAUGCCAGUAGGUAUUGCAGUUUUAAGUAGAGACAAACCAUAAAUAUAACUCGCUACAGAUUAUUUUAAAUAGUGAUUUUUCAAACCUCCUCUUGUCAGGGACACACAACCCAUAUUAUUGACAUUUUCAAAAAUACUUUCUCAAACUAUCAUAUUUCGUUCAUUUCUAAAUAUAUAUUCAGGAUAUUUUGUUGUGUUUUGUUUACUGUCAUGCUCAUCCAUACACAACGACUAUCGUUUUUGUACAUUGACUAAAAGAAAAAGGGCUUAUUUUCGUAUUAACAACUUUGGUGCAAGAAUAUCAAGGCUGAUCCUUUCCGCGAUAAUGAACGCGCAAUCUAACGCCAUUCACAAAAUGUUAAAAAAUGGCGUCGUUCUGAAUAAUCGUUCAAAAUUGGACACCAAACUUUGAGAUAUAACACCAAAUUAUAGCUUAAACUAUUUUUUCUGACGGUUACAAAAAAAAAUAAAAUUGAAUGGACAAGACUGUAUGAGUUUUUCCUUGAUGUAAGAAUAUUUUAAAUAAAAAUCAGGAAUUGUAUUUUUAUAGGAAGUCGAUUUACAAUUCAGCUAGGGCGAGUCUUUUUGGCUGUUCGGUUUAGAUGUUGAAAAGAACGUUGUUCUGAAAUGUAUUUUUACUUUCUGAUACUUAUGGAAAGCAAACUACUUACUUUUGUAGCAAGCUGCUGUAAAAAUGUAAACGUAAAGAUUUUAUUGAUUGAUAUUUUUGUGUGUUAAAACAGGUAAACUACAUUAAAACUACUAGCGAAUAUAUACUCGUCAAAAUGUACAAAACAAAAAACAUCCUUUAAAGCGGCAUGCCUCCAGAUCGUUGGACAACAAAAAAAAAUUUUUUUUUUAGAUAUCUUGAAAUAAAUGCUUUAUUACUUAAGAAGGCUUUAAAACUUAAUUACUGACUUUAUUCUACGGAAACACAUGAGAAUUUGCUGUUUUUACUGCUUUUUUACGCUUUUACUCCAGGUAAACUGUCUGGAUUAUAAAUAUCUAUAUUUCGAAGUCAUUAUUCACUUCUUCAGCUAUAACGCUAUUGGUUACGACGACGGAAAAAUGUCUUUUUUGCCGCGGCGGUCCGGGGUUCGAUUCCCGAUGCGGUCAUCUUGUUUUCUUGAUUUGGAACUUUUAAAAUAUUUUAGAAGCAAAAAUUCAUAUUCUAAUGUUCAUGAUAUGACCAAACUUCAAAUUGAAAGAAAGAUUAUUGUUUAGCCAAAUCUGGAGGCAUGCUGCUUUAAUUCUUAUGAAAAUGUUGUGAGAUCUGCUAUGUUAUGACGAAGCCACAUACAAUCAUUAUAGAUUUUAUAGUUAUUCCAGUGCAGAAUAGAACAAUAAAAAUAUCAUAUAUUCAGAUAAAAUACAAAAACUUUUACAUCAUCACUUACAUAUACGCAGCCAUAAAUAUCGUUCUUUUAUACCAGACUUAAAACAAACAAGAGCUCGUCGAACACGAAAUGCCCCCUUGAUGCAUUCAGUAAUUGCACAAGGAACAGAAAUUAUAUGCUCACUGUAAACAAAAGUUCUACCAUUCUGGUUUAAUCUGACCUUCGACCUUUAACCUAUUAACCUAACAAGAGAUUACAGAGUGAUCUUGGCGCCAUCCACUGAGCCAUUUUUGAAUGUUCCAAAUUUCAAGACUAGCUCAAGGUCAAAAUCAAGGUCAAAUUUAAUUUUGGUACAAAACAAUGUGUAUGUUGUCCAAAUUUGGAAGCUGUGGCUUGAGAAAUGUGAAAGCAGGUCACUAGAUCAAUUUCAAGGUCUAGGUUCAUUUUGGUAGACAGAACUAUGCAUGUGCUUCAAAUUUGGACCUGCUUAAGAAAGCUUGAGAAAUGUGAAAGUAGGUAAUAGGUAUAAAUCAAUGUCAAAUUUCAAUUCAGAACACAAAAAUAUGCAUGCGGUCCAAAUUUGAAGCCUGUAGCUUCAGAAAUGUGAAAGCAGGUCACUAGGUCAAUCUCAAGAUCAAAGUUCAUUUCGGUACACAAAAUUAUGCAUGUGGUUCAAAUUUGAAGGCUGUAGCUUGAGAAAUGUGAAAGUAGGUCAAUAGGUCAAAAUCAAGGUCAAAUUUUAUUUCAGAACACAAAACUAUGCAAGUGGUCCAAAUUUGAAGCCUGUAUCUUCAGAAAUGUGGAAGUAGGUCAUUAGGUCAAUCUCAAGAUCAAAGUUCAUUUCAGUACACAAACCUAUGCUUGUGGUUCAGAUUUGAAGGCUGUAGCUUGAGAAAUGUGAAAGUAGGUCACUAGGUCAAAAUCAAGGUCAAAUUUUAUUUUUGAACAAAAAACUAUGCAUGUGGUCCAAAUUUGAAGCCUGUACCUUCAAAAAUGUGAAAGUAGGUCACUAGGUCAAUAACAAGAUCAAAGUCUUUUUCGGUACACAAACCUAUGCAUGUGGUCCAAAUUUGAAGGCUGUAGCUACAG